AUGGAAGUUCUCUUCUUCUUCACUUUAUCUUUUUACACUUUUGUUCUUCGUGGAGACAGCAUCACUUCCGCAGGAAACUUGUCCCUGAGAAACAGAGUCCGAAACAGAGACAAAAGCUCUGUUCUUCUUGUUGAUGUCCGUAGCUUUGGUGCUCGAGCUAAUGACCACAGAGAUCACACCAAGGCCUUUGUAGCAGCAUGGGACGAGGCAUGUAAAUCAUCUUCACGCUCUGUAGAUCUUAUAAUCCCAAGAGGUGAGUUCUAUGUUGGUCCUCUCAAAUUCUCUGGUCCUUGCACUAACGUAUCCAAACUCACUGUCCGAGUUAAGGGUCAUCUCAAGGCAUCAACUGAUCUGUCAAAGUACAGAUCAGGCGGUGGUUGGAUUGAGUUUGGAUGGAUUAACGGUUUAAUUCUUACCGGAGGUGGAACAUUUGACGGUCAAGGCGCCUUAGCUUGGCCGUUUAAUAACUGUACUACUGAUUCUAACUGCAAACUCCUCCCAACAAGCUUGAAGUUUGUGGGGAUGAACAGAACAGUUGUAAGAAGGAUAAGCUCAGUGAACAGCAAGUUCUUUCACAUGGCAUUAGUUGAGUGCAGAAACUUCAAAGGCACAAGACUCAACAUCACUGCUCCUUUUGAUAGUCCUAACACUGAUGGUAUCCACAUUGAGCGCAGCUCAAAUGUCUAUUUCUCGCGUUCGCAUAUCGCAACUGGAGAUGAUUGCGUCUCUAUAGGACAAGGAAACUCUCAGAUCACAAUCACCAGUAUCAAAUGUGGACCAGGGCAUGGUAUCAGCGUUGGGAGUUUAGGGAGAUAUCCAAAUGAGAAAGAUGUGAAGGGACUGGUGGUUAGGGAUUGCAAGAUGAGCGGUACGACGAAUGGGAUAAGGAUCAAAACAUGGGCUGAUUCUCCUGGUCUAAGUGCAGCUACCAACAUGACUUUUCAGAACAUUAUGAUGGACAAUGUGACUAAUCCUAUCAUCAUUGAUCAGUCUUAUUGUCCUUUCUCUUCUUGCACUUCAAAUGUACCGUCGAAGGUGAAGCUGAGUGAGAUAUACUUCAAGAACAUAAGAGGAACAUCAUCGUCGAGGGUCGCGGUGCAGCUGCAUUGUAGCAGAGGAAUGCCAUGUAAGAAAGUGUACUUGGAGAAUGUUCAUCUUUCUCUUUCUUCUUCUGGUGGAGGAAGAGGAGAAAAACAGAGCAGAAACAGAGGAAGUGAAGCUGUAUCUUCUUCUUGUAGAAACAUGGAAUGCGAAAUCAUUGGGAGGAGAUGGUUCAUGUCAAGAGCACCAACUAACAAUUUCCGGUUAAGGACACAUCAUCUUUACUUGUUCCCUGAGAUAUUGCUCCCUCCGAUCCCUAAGAUGGAAGUAGAAUCAGAAACUCAAGAACUCCAUAUCCACGUCAAUGGAGAACCUGCAAGAAAAUUUUCAACAGAACAGAGAAGUCACAACUACUCAUGGAGGUUAAGAGUGUCUCUCUAUGUCACUCUCCUCUUAGCUGGUGAGACAAUAGCCACUCUCUUAGGUAGACUUUACUACGACAAAGGCGGCAACAGUACAUGGCUUGAGACUUUGGUUCAGCUUGUUGGGUUUCCUUUAACCUUACCUUGUUACUAUUACAUAAAAGCUGAACCUUCCAAGACUAAAACCAUAAACAAAAAAACUACUUCUUCUUUCUUGACACUGUCUUUAGUGUACGUUGGACUUGGCUUGCUUGCUGCUGGACACAGUGUUCUAUACUCCUUUGGAUUACUCUACCUUCCUGUGUCAACUUUCUCUUUGAUCUCUGCUUCACAACUGGCCUUUAAUGCCGUCUUCUCUUACUUCCUAAACUCCCAAAAAUUCACACCCUUUAUACUCAACUCACUUGUUCUCUUGACCACAUCUUCUGCACUUCUUGUCAUCCAAGAAGAGCCUGAAUCUUCUACUUCGAAGUCAUUACCAAAGUCCAAUUACGUGAUUGGAUACAUCUGCGCCAUCGGUAGCUCAGCUGGUUACUCACUGGUUCUUUCUUUAACAGAUUACGCGUUCAGAAAGAUUCUAAAGAAGUACACUUUCAAGGCGAUUUUAGAUAUGGUCACAUAUCAGUCUCUUGUAGCUACUUGUGCAGUUGUGGUUGGACUUUUUGGAAGUGGUGGGUGGAGAAUGUUGAGGACAGAGAUGGAAGAGUUUGGUCUCGGGAAAAGCUAUUACCUUUUGAUAACUAUUGGUGCGACGAUAUCGUGGCAAGCUUGUUCGUUUGGUAGUGUGGGUUUGAUACUUGAAGUUUCGUCGCUUUUCUCAAACGUUAUAAGCACUCUUUGUUUACCCGUUGUUCCAGUUCUUGCUGUUGUGUUCUUCCGAGAUGAGAUGAGUGGAAUCAAGUUGGUUGCAAUGCUUAUGGCCAUUUGGGGAUUUGUUUCUUAUGCUUACCAGCAUUAUGUUGAUGAUCGAAAACUAGAAGAAGAGAAAAAGCUUACUCAACCUGAAGAAGAAGAAGAACUACAAGAAGAUAAUAGUAACAUCCAGGCUUAGACAAAGAUCCAAGAACAAAAGGUGGAUUUAUGAUUGAGGAAUAUAGGAAGAUAUUUGUGGACCUUUUUUUACUUUUGUGUUAAUAAGAUAUAUAUAUAUGCCAGAACAACUCUACUGGAAUAAAUGAUAUCGAUCUCUGUAGCAAAAAAAAAAUUGAUUUAUAUAUAAAUCCAAGUCGUAGAGGAAAGAAAGAGAGAUGGAUUCUAAAGUUUUUAUAGACUAAUUCGUGAUUUGUAAUAUACUUUCGUUGAUUAAGAAUAUCACUUUACGUUUUUGUU